GCGGAAGUGCCGUUGUUGACAUUGCCGGCGGCUUGCUGCGUGUUUGCUCCCUCCGUGUCUGUCGACAUCAGGUCCUCCUCCAGCCUCUUUAAACUGCCUUCACCGCCGAACAGACGACAUUUUCGGGGUUCGGUCUUCGGCUCUCCGUCCUCUCAGCCUCGUACCAGUGCGUGUGUUCCGGAGGACGUUUCUUUCUCUGUCGGAGCGUCUGGAACCGAAACCGAGCGCACACGGAGCCGUGUUCUACUUCAGUGGGCGGAUAAAGCGGAGGACGGCAUCCGGGCCUGGCAGCUCCGGAGAGUCGGCUCGAAACGACGGAAUUCACCAUUUUCAGGCCCCGUGCUGCCCUGCUAUGGAGAAGAUGAAGAGGAUUAAGAAGCGUCUGUCUUUAACACUGCGCCCCAGCCAGACCAUCGACGAGUCUCUGUCUGAACUGGCUGAGCAGAUGACCAUCGAAGACGGCGGCACCAAGGACAACGAGCCCUUCAUGAGGAAUGGCCGCCCCCCCACCUCCCACAGCAUGCACUCCUUUCUGCACCAGUACACCGGGUCCUUCAAGAAGCCGCCUCUGCGUCGGCCACACAGCGUCAUCGGCGGCACCCUGGGGUCCUUCAUGGCCAUGCCGCGCAACGGCAGCCGCCUGGACAUUGUGCACGAGAACCUGAAGAUGGGUUCUGACGGGGAGAGCGACCAGGCAUCGGGGACGUCUUCAGACGAGGUUCAGUCUCCAACCGGCGUGUGUCUGAGGAACAGAGUCCACCGACGGAUCUCCAUGGAGGACCUCAACAAGCGUCUGUCGCUGCCCGCUGACAUCCGAAUCCCCGACGGCUACCUGGAGAAGUUGCAGCUCAGCAGCCCGCCCUUCGACCAGCCGCUCAGCCGACGCUCCCGCCGAGCCUCGCUGUCGGAGAUUGGUUUCGGGAAGUUGGAGACGUACAUUAAGCUGGACAAGCUGGGAGAGGGAACGUACGCCACAGUGUUUAAAGGACGCAGUAAGCUGACGGACAACCUGGUGGCGCUGAAGGAGAUCCGGUUGGAGCACGAAGAAGGAGCCCCGUGCACCGCCAUCAGAGAAGUCUCAUUACUGAAGGACCUGAAACACGCCAACAUCGUGACGUUACACGACAUCGUCCACACCGACAAGAGCCUCACGCUCGUCUUCGAGUACCUGGAUAAAGAUCUGAAGCAGUACAUGGAUGACUGUGGAAACAUAAUGAGCAUGCAUAAUGUGAAGGUGGGGAUGACCUUUAUCGCUGAUGAGCUUUUUAUUAUUUUUUACCUUCCACCUGGCUGUGUGAGAAUCCUAACGUGUGUGUCUGUGUGUGGUGGGUCGGCAGGUCUGGCGAGGGCCAAGUCCGUCCCGACUAAAACGUAUUCCAACGAGGUGGUGACACUUUGGUACCGGCCUCCGGAUGUUCUGCUGGGAUCCUCAGAGUACUCAACACAGAUCGACAUGUGGGGUGUCGGCUGUAUAUUCUACGAGAUGGCUGCGGGUCGGCCUCUGUUUCCAGGCUCCACGGUGGAGGACGAGCUCCACCUCAUCUUCAGGCUACUGGGCACACCCACAGAGGAAAACUGGCCGGGAAUCUCCUCCAUCGAAGAGUUUAAAUCCUACAAUUUCCCCAAAUACAAACCACAGCCGUUAAUCAACCACGCCCCCAGGUUGGACGGUGAAGGCAUCGAGCUGCUGCUGUCUUUCCUCAGAUACGAAUCCAAGAAGAGGAUUUCAGCUGACGAGGCGAUGAAGCAUUCCUACUUCAGGCAGCUCGGGAUGAGAGUGCACACGCUGCCUGAGAGCGUAUCAUUAUUCACAUUAAAAGAAGUGCAGAUGCAGAGAGACCCCGGCUACAGGAACUCUUCGUACCCGGAGUCAGGUAACGGCAAGAUCAACAGGAGGCAGAGCAUGCUCUUCUAAUGCUCCAUGAAGAGGAUGCUCCAUUGGCUAAACUUCAUCACUUCCCAGCAACCUCUCGCAUGAGCCCACCUCCCCUCGGAGUGACGACCCCCUCCCCUUAACCUGCACGCACACACACACACACACAAAAACACACACACACCCCUCUGAGCGAGUGACUCUGAGUUGAAUCUAUUUGGAGACUGUGUUUAUUUAUUGGGGGGGCAGGGUGAGGUUGAAUUUUUUGCUGCUAAACUACUACUGUCUGUAUUUAACACACCGUGUGUGUGUGUGUGUGUGUAUGUGUGAGUGUGUGUGUGCACGUGAUGUGAACUCGAGACGCCAUGCACAGUUGAGCAGUCAGUAAGGUUCCUGUUGUUCUUCUUCUGACUAUGAUUCUCCGGCUUCUUUUGAGUUAGAAUUCAACUGAUGUUGAUGUCGACGCUGUGAUCCAAGUUGUUGUUCUUGUUGUUGUGCUUGGAGACUGAAAGCUUCAAUUUCUUCAGAUUUGUUUUUGUUUUUUUGUUUUUUAAAUAUGUACAUCUACAUAUAUAUAUAUUUGGAGAUUAUGUUUUGUUUCUCUUCGAGCUUCCGUGACUGAACUCUUCAACAUUUCCAGGUUUAGAACGGCUGGAACAUUAGAUGGUGUUGGAUGGAGGGAAAAAAACUGGUUCCUCUGGAUUUCCCAUCGUCGUUUUUCCAAAACAUUUCAGAUGGACUCUGUUUUCAGAGGGCCCGCUGCCCUCCAGGGUUACAGUCAAAGUCAGAAAGCAUGACCGUAAGUGGACUGACAGCCGAGGGGUUAAAGAAGCACAUGCGGAGCCCAGUCAGCAUGAGAACAUCCAACUUUUGGUUCUUGGGUUCCUUUUGACCGUUCUGGCUCAGCAACGGGACCAAAAGUGAGGCGUAGGGGAGGCAGACAGUUGGGAAGACUCGCGGAAAGAUGAUGGAAGAGGAGCACAGGAGCUGGAAACAAAGUCACGUGACGUCCCACAGGAAGCCAGCAAGCCUUCCCUAAAACCCCUCUCACUAAACUGCCAGGACUUCACUGCUUGUUUUCUUUUUUUCUUCUGAAAAAAAAAUGCAAACUACAUUUUUCCUGCUCUGUGUACAUUCAGAGAUCUCACUGCAGUAACUCUUUGUUUUUAACUUGCACUUCAGUGUGUGUGUUUUUUGUUUUUUUUUCCUUUUUAUUUUUUGAAUCAGGGACACAGGCCUGGACAUGGCCAAGUUUACCCAACAGUAUUAAGAUAUGUUCUCUGUGUCUGUGACCUUUGACCUCUCCUUGUGAAACAACAGUGUCAUUGUGGCAUGUUUUCCGGAGGUGGGAUCGCGUGUUGGAACUGUUCAUAAAGCAAAAUGGUUAUUUUCCACUUGACGUCGGACCACUGCCCUCUCCAGCAUUUGUACAAACAAAAAAAAACAAACAAAAAAAAGAGAUUUCAAAUUGAAAUUUUAGAUUUAACUGCCCGCUGUGUUGUUUGCAACUGACAGUGAUGCUACAGAUGAUGAAGCCUGUUGAGAAGUCUGCUUUUGAGGACAUGUUUACUGAAGCAAAUGGAAGAUCUCCCCUCAUCGCUGUUACAAACGUCUACUGCUGUGAGAUGCGUUCCUGGUUUACUUUAGUUGCAUUAUGUUAUUUUUCUCAUUGCUGGAUCAACGUCGGUGUGGCCUCAUGUGGUCCACAUGUUUCCAGGAGUUUCAUUGCUUUCAAUUAAUCGUUUAACACUUUGGUAGAUAUGAGGUAUUGCAGUAAAAUGGGAAAAAUAAUGCAAAUUUCAUGUUCGGAUGCUAAGUAUUAAUCUAUAGCAGCAGAUUAGCUUAGCUUCAUUUCACACAAAGACCUGAAAACAGUUGGAAAUAACUGGCAUAAUCUGCCCACCAGAGCCUGUAAAGCUUACUAAUCAGCACUUUUUAUCCUCUUUGAUUACUGAAGUGUAAAAAAACAACAAGUUGCAGUUUAGGUUAUGUGCUGGGCUAUUACAUAGCGAACUGUAUUGACUUCAACUAGCUAAUAGUCUGGCACAUAACCCUCUUUAAUGUCACAAUUUGGCAUUUUUACACUUUGUUUUUUGUACACAUGUAAGACUACUGAGCUUUAGAGGUGUUGGUAGGCAGAUUUUGUUUGCAUGCAGAGCUAGCUUUUUUCCCAGAUUUCAGGCUUUAUAUAUUUAGCUAAGCUAAGCAGUCGCUGGCUCCAGCUAAAUGUUUAGCGUACACGUGUAGUAUCAAUCCUUACAUCUGACUCUCGGCACAAAAGUGAUUAGGCACAUUUUCAAAAUUUCUAUUGAAGUAUUACCAGUAAACAUCUAAUUUCCGUUGAAAAACAAGCCACCAUUUUGCAACAAAAUUCAACAGUCACAUGGUGGAGAGCAGUUUCUACACUCACAGUGAUAAACAUAGAAGUGAGUGCAUAAACGUCACUAAACACCACCAGGAGGGCGCCGACCAUCACACAGUGAACACGAAAGAGGAUCUGAGGGAGGUUUUCCACUUUGUGCAUCUUGUUUGCUCAACAUUUAAAAUGUCAUAUUUAUUGACUGUUGAGAUUUAGAGGUUUUGUCUGAGCGACACUAGAGUUCUCUGUUACAACAUACUGAAAAGUGCUGCAGGCACUGCUAAUGCUUGAUAAAUUCAUUAAUAGCAUUAAUUAACUUUAACACAGUUUCCAGCUGGUAGUGGAAUAAUCCUGUAAACAUUCUGUGUUUUAGUGAACUACGGUUCAGUCCACACACGGUUACAACAAACAUACUGUGAACAGCUUACAUUUAAAACAAUCUACCACUUAAUGUGUUCAUAGAAAGAAAUGCAAUAUAUUAGUGGUAGAUAGCUUGAAAUGUGUUGACCCAUUGCUCUACAAUUUGCCCCAGAGCACCUUUAAAAAUGAAUCCUUCCUGCCCUCAUGUUGUGUAUCUACACGUUCAAAUGUUUCACUGGAAAGAUUUCUGAACAAUUUCUCUUCAGUCAAACGUAAGGAUGCAGGAUUAUUUCCCCGCCAACCGCAAACUGUGUUUCUGCUAAUACGACUUUUUGUACACGAACAGCAGUAACAUGCACGAAAGGAGAUUUCUGUAACAGCUAAAUAUUUAUCAUUGUUAAACUGUACUUUUUCAACAAAAAAAAAACGUAUGAAUGACCUAAUUUUAUGUGAACAUGUGUGAGCGUGCGUGCGUAUGAGUGUGUGCCUGAUGCAUGGAAGGCCUGCUGUGUUGUGAACUCGACCUCUCUGAAACACUGAGCUGCCGGUGAACAGUUGGUGUGUGACUCUUUUUACUGGAACUAUUUAUUUCUCAUAACCAUCGAAAGUAAAUUUAAACUGUUUCAUAAA